GGGAAAUCGAGGCCUGAGGCUUGAACGACCGCCCUUUUUGAGAGCACCGAGACUAGAACAGCGGUACAUGCGUCGAGGGAAAUACUAUCGCAAAACAACUUUUAGACGCAGCGCAGUCAAACUUGAGGUACGUAUACCGACGGGUUUUGACGCGCAUUUGGACCCACAGUGGUUAUAAUGAGAAAAUCUGUCCGGGAAAAGUGUAUUUUAAUGCGCGGUUUGAUGACGUAAUGUUGAUUGUCAAACGCGAAAUGGCGAGCGUGCUAAGAGGCCCGUUACCUGCAACUCUGUGGGGUUUUACAAUGUUUUUUACUUUCGUAUUAUGUUAUCGAAAGGAUAACAUGGGUAUAAAUACUUCCGGUGAGUUUGCUUUCGUUGUAAUUUGCAUUCCAUCUGUUUGCUAAACACUAGUAGGCUUAUUCAGUCGGGGGUAAGCUAGCGUGGCUAACGUGAAGCUGGGUCAGCGACAUAGCAAAGCGGCUGUUUUGGCUAAAUUAGCAACAUGCAUGCGUUCAUCACUUGUCCAAUCAUUCACCUGUCUGAGAUGGCAUGCCAGUCAAUGCUACUGAGGUUUAACGUUACAUUAUACAAGAUAUUAUAACACGUGUGUCAAGUGCAUUAUUCUUGGGGAUGUUGAUUUCUGGUCCCAUCACGUUGACUUCCUUCUUCUUUUGAUGUCCUCAAAAUAUUGUUGGAUGAAAACUUUCGCCUUAGUGAUCGUGAGGUAGACUUUACACUGGCUAAAAAACCUGCCUUGAGUACUGUUAACCUAAUAUUUCCAGCUUAGUCUAUCAUCACUUCAUGAUUGCAGGUGUGAACUUGUUUUUUUUUUUUUUUUUUUUUUUUUAAAGGUGUGGUUGUCACUUUUGGACUUGUCGAGCUAGUUUCUUGUGUCAUCUGUUUUGGAAGCGUCCUCUGUGAUCAUAUGUUUUUUUUCUGAUACUUUCUUUUUAUAGAUUUUCUUCAACAGUGUAUAAUACAUUAUACGUGGGGGUGGAAGGGGAACACAUUAAAAAGGAAAUAAAAGAAAAUUAAAUUUUUUUUUAAAAAAAAGCAAAAAUAUAUAUGUAAAAGAACAUGUUGGAUCACCAUGCCCAUAGGCUGUAUAUACUAUGGACAACUUGGUUCCGCCUUCCGUCAUUAUACGGAUUUGAAGCCAAAAAGCUCUCGGUAUUUCUGCGAUUUUUCUUCAUUUCCUGAAACCAGCGCUGCGCAUUAGCAUUGUGCGCAUUCAACAGUAGAGUAGCCAAGAGUUUCUGUGAUGACGCUCGGCUCAAACAGCGUAUCCCCUGGGUGAGCUAUGCAAUCCCUGAACGCCAAUAGGCUGUAUCAGGUGUCAAUCAUAGAACACAUGAACCUCCUAAUGACUUUUAAAAACGAAGCUGCACAGUGAAAAUGAGGACUUGAGCACAAACCAGUCUCACAAUAACUACAUGUCAACAUCACAAGCAGGGGGGAGAAAAUUUUAUGCUCUGUGUAAUUAAUUUUAAAGUUUUUCCACAUCUCCAUAAGCUUUGCUGGCAGAGGUGGGAUUUAUGACCUAUACUGCAGCCUGUCACCAGAGGGUGCUGUUCUCGGAGUGACUUCACCCAGCAAGGAGGCAGACUCUGUCCAUUCUUUAUACAGUCUGUGACCAUGCCUCUACAGUUUGAUCAUUUUUCUUUGUCAGUGUGAAUGUCUUCGUCCCGUUAUUUUAACGUAUUUGGUCCAUUUUUCCCAUUUCUGGCAGCACUGUUCUUCUUGAGUCUUUAUUUUAUAAGUCAAUUGUUCCAUAGUUUAUAUUUCGUCCAUAAUUUCCAACCAGUCUUCCUGUGAUGGUGGGUCCGCCCUGUAUCAUUUUCUUGUAAUUGCCUUUUUACAGGCUGCUAAUAUAAUUUUCAAUAUGUGUCUAUCGUCCUUCAGUAUGACAUUUCCUGUAGUGAUACCAAGAUAUAAAAAUGUACAAGACUUAGAUACAGCAUAACCCCAAAUUUCACCUAUAACCACAUGAACAUCUUCCUAAAAUUUUGCGAUCUUAGGACAGAGCCAGAACACAUGUGAAUGGUUCACAUUUACCUCUCCAUAGCUUCUCCAACAUGGCAGUGGUAUUGAAGUGUGUUUACUCUUGAUUUCGGGUGUUUUAAAAAAUCCUAUUAGGUUUUUCCAGCAGUGCAGUCUCCAAACAUGGGAUGAUGUUUUCUGCUGUGUUCUCCAAAUAUGUGGCCAUUCAUCGUCAGAUAUGUUCACACCCAGUUCUCUCCGCCAUCUCAGUUUUACAUAUGUCGUUGUACUGUGAUCAUAUUUUUAUCCAUCCAGCACUUCUUAAAAAAGAGUCUCAAUAUGUCCAAUAAAUAAAAACAGUGAAAUCAAACAACAAACAAUAAAAGGAUGAUGAUAAUUAUAAAAAUGUAAGUAGGGCUACCAUUACAACAUAAACUACAGUCAAAACAAACAACAGCUGAUUACAUCAAAUGUGUAAGAUUCAAUACUUCAAUAAAAUAUGGUUAGAUAUAGAAACAUAGCAAAUCCAGUGGGUUUCAAGAAGAUUUAAAAGGGGGCAUUGGGAGUAGGGUGCUGCUGGAAGACCACAGGCAGCAUCAGCCUCAAAGGGAGUUAUUAACUCACAGUUAUAGGCAGGAACCUGGCUAUUUAAGAUUUUAACAACAAUCAGAAUAAUCUUAAAAUCAACUUUGAAAGUCUUAUCUUUUUUAACUCAAGAUAGCGUUUCCUCAGUCAUCUGUGGCAAGUUGAAGAGUCCUCACCUGGUCUUUUGUGUAUGCAUCGGUGUGUGAGUGCUUUAUGUGUUGAAUGGAGGUUGGGAGGGUGAGUGGGGUUUGGUAUCUGUAUUUUUAUUUAUUUUAUUUCAUUGUUUUUUUAAUAUCCUGGGCGAAUGGACAGCACUUUGUGCUACAUUCCAUGUAUGAAAAGUGCUUUAAAAGUAAAGUUUGAUUGACAGGAAUACCAACCAAUCCCAAUAUUAAGAUCUUUGUGGUCAUUUUCUCUGUUCCCUGCAGAGCAGGAUAAGGUGAGUAAUGGCAGCAGAGGUGGAGGUUGAAUUGGAUGGAUGUAAUGAGUACCCAGCACAUUACAAAGUCAUGAUGGACAAACUAAAUGAACAGCGACAGCUGGACCAGUUCACAGACAUCACCCUGAUAGUGGAUGGUAAGUAAGCAUAUCUUAUAAGUCCUGGUGUCUUGGGAAAUUUGAAAGCCUUCUGAGAGUUUAUAACCUCUCUGAUUUUGAUGUCUGUUAUGUCUUCCAGGGCACCAGUUCAGAGCUCAUAAAGCAGUGCUGGCAGCAUGCAGUCAGUUUUUCCACAAGUUCUUCCAGGAUUUUACCCAGGAGCCACUGGUGGAGAUAGAAGGUAUUCAGUUCUCAAUUGCAAAAAAUGAGAAAACUUUACAGCCAUUGUUUGCACAAAGAGAUGUAACCUGUUACUGUUAACAUACAGCAAUUUAUAUUCAUUAUUGCUGUUCUGUCAUUUUCUGACAGGAGUGAGUAAUACGGCCUUUCGCCAGCUGAUGGAGUUCACAUACACAGCAACUCUAUCGGUAGGAGGAGAGGAGGAGGCCUAUGAUGUGUGGAAGGCUGCUGAAUACCUCCAGAUGCAAGAAGCCAUCAAAGCACUUAGCAAUACGUAAGACUAACAUACAUAACAUACUAACAUACUUGACUCAAUUAAUUUAUAAAUGUUGUGGUGAACUGUGUUUCUGAUCAAGAGCUUAUCUCCUCUUGUAGGGUAAAUGAUAAUCCUCCACUUACAGCCAGGAGCAAAGGUAAAAAGAGGAAGAUUGCUGAGACAUCAAAUGUCAUAACAGAAAGUCUACCAUCAGUGGAGGGAGAGCAGGUCAGUGGGUACAUAGUGGUCACAUUCAUGGAAAUAUAGAUUUUUGCCAAAAAAGAUACUCUAUUGUCAGAAUCAAAUAGACUUUGAGAAAACGUUAUCUGUACCUUAUCCACACUUUUAAUGACUGGACUUGGAUGUUUACAAUGUGAUCCAGGUGGAGAUUGAGGUGAUAGGUGAAGGAGCCAUAGAGGUGGAAGAGGCUGGACUGGAGGAAGUGGUGGAUGCAGCGAAGAAUGCACAGGCAUCAGAUGACUCUGCUUUGGCUCUUCUUGCUGACAUAACCAGCAAGUAUCAGCAAGGGGCACCUACCCUGCACAUCGUUAAAAAAGAUGAGAUAGAGGAAGUAUGUUGAACAAACCUCCAUUUUUUUGUUUAUUAAACAUUUAACCGUACAGUUCUAUCUGAAAGUAUGAACCGUGGCUUGUCUCUGCUCAUUAGGAGGUGGUCUAUCAAGAGGAAACAGUGGCUGCUUCCAAAGUGCUGGAGAAUGUCGAGGUUGUAGAAGUCCAGAUUUCCCAAGUGGAUAACAUGUUCCGCUGCAACAAGUGUGACCGGAGCUUCAAAUUGUAUUACCACCUCAGACAGCACCUCAAAACUCAUAUGGGCUUACUGGAGAAGCCCCAUGUCUGCAACCACUGCGGUAAAGCCUACACGCGGGAGGGCGCCUUGAAACAGCACAUCAGCACAUUUCAUUUCGAGGCAGAGGAACUUUCUCGAAAUCAGAAACCACAGAAGAAAGUGCACGUUUGUGAAUACUGUAAAAAGCACUUCGACCACUUUGGCCACUUUAAGGAGCACCUACGGAAGCACACUGGUGAGAGUGAAAAAUAUUCUUUUACAGAUUAAAACACAACUAUAUUUUUGCUUGCUUAGUGUCAAACAUAUUGCUUGAAAACACAUGCUUGGAUUUAUCUUUGUAUCCAUAGGCGAAAAACCUUACGAGUGUCCAGAUUGUCAUGAGCGAUUUGCAAGGAACAGCACAUUGAAAUGCCAUAUGGCCGCCUGUCAGAACGGGGCUGGAGCCAAGAAAGGACGCAAGAAACUCUAUGAAUGCCAGGUACUGUUUGUGCAGAAUUGAGGCUAUAAAAUGCUCCUCUACUAAUGUAGGGUGUCAUAAAAAUAUACAGUAUAUACUUUUUGAGGUCAGUUCAGGUAACUUGAUCAUGUUUUCAGAAAAUAUUCUCUGUUGCUAAGCAAUGCUUAGAGAAUUUGAAAAAUGGAGAAACAGAGCAGCAACUACUUUUAUAACACAGAUUAGUUUUCUCAUAUCUUAUCAAAAGAAUCAAAUAUUGUAGCUGUUGAUGUAGUAAAACAAGAGCACUGACCUUUUUAUGGCCUUUAUUACCUCCGCCAAGGAGGUUAUGUUUUCGGUAGCGUUGGUUUGUUUGUUUGUUAGUUUGUUUGUCUGUUAGCAACCUUACGGAGAAAGUUACAGACGGAUUGACCUGAAGUUUUCACCAGAGGUGCGUCUCAGCCCCAGGAGGUGGUGAUCCGGAUCACCUUCUGUAUCCAGGAAUUUUUUGAAGGAUUCUUUAUCAUUGUGAGAUAGGGCAAAUUUUGGAAUUUUUGCAUUUAACUCUAUAAAAAUGCCCAGAGUCUUUAGUAAAAAAUGACACAAAAGGAUCUCAAUGAGUUUUAUGAGGUGUCAAAGGUUGAUCCUGAUCCAGACAAAAUUCCAGAUACUGUGAUCCAGAACACACAAAAAUAAGGGUGUCGUUGGAAUUUUCAAUGCUGAAAGAUAACCAAUGGGCAGCACAGUGGUGUAGUGGUUAGCACUGUCGCCUCACAGCAAGAAGGUCCUGGGUUUGAAUCCUGGUCAGGGCAUUUCUUGUUUUAGGAACAUUAUGAACAGUGAACAUACCAGUUUAAACACAAAUAAAAGUUAAUAAAAGACACGUAACAGUAAAAGUUUUGGUGUGAAUCACAAUUUAAGGGGGCACAUGAGCUGCUUGGCGGAGGUCUGCGCUCUCCGAGUGCUUUUCUAGUUUGUAGUUUAGAGUGCUUACAUCCCUUCACUGUGUCUUCAUCAGGUCUGCAGCAGUGUAUUCAACAGCUGGGACCAGUUCAAAGACCACCUUGUAAGCCACACAGGAGAUAAACCCAACCACUGCACAAUGUGUGAUAUGUGGUUCACGCAUACAAAAGACCUAAAGGCACACCUCAAACAAGUCCAUUCCAUCGAGGACAAGUCAACCGAAGAACUGGUCAUCACCGACUCUGCUGCCACAACAGCCAUCGCCAUCGCAACACAGAGCAUAGACGGAACCGAAACAGUGCUACUGGACGAUGGGAUCCAGGUGGAACACGUCACCAUGGAGCCCAUGGAUGUGAUGGAGAUGGAGGAGACCACAACAGUUGUAAUGGAAGAUGGAGGGGUUACAGAGAUGUGCGAGGAGGAUGUUGAGAGACUAAAGCAAGCUGGGGUGCAGAUCCAGGUGGUGCACGUGACUACGACCGAAGUUGAUGGGCAGCAGGAGAUGAACCCUCAGGUGGAAGUAGAAGUGGAGGGAGAAAUGGUACAUGCUGAGGAGGCAGUGCAGGCAGUGGUUGUAUGAGACUGUGGCAAGAACUGACUCUGACUCUUCUGAACCCUGUAGCUGACACCUUCUAAAUAUGUAAAGAAGACUGCAUGUGGGAUAAAGCAUGUCACUUCAACAGACCCUCCUGUCUGCCAUCACUUUGAAUGAAUUGGUUACCAACAUUAUGACUCUUUGAAAUUUGAUUGAAAGAGUUUUGGAAAUAUAUGAUUUUAUGUUGAUCUUGUAUUUAUUUUUGAGCCAUGUGUCAUUAUACAACAUGUUCUUCUGGACUCCAGAAUGCUUCAUCAAUCAUAGUUCAUGUGUUUUUUUAUUAUGAUUGUCUGUGUCUUCAUGUAACCCCAGAUUUCUAUUUACCUUUAGUUCUGGUUACCUACAAAGACAAUGAGACAAUAAAUGAAUGAUUUUUGUUGCAGCUGAUGAAACAGCUGAUACACUUUGAUGCCAACGCUCCAUUCAGUCUUGUUCAAGCUCAUUUCAUAUGAAUUUUAGUGUUUUUGUAAGAAAGACUCGGAGGAAUAAAAACAUUUUCUAGGAU